AUGGAGUCCAUGGUAGGAAGUUUUGUCCCAAUGAUCCUCUCCGCGGUCUCUAUGACUCUCUGCAGGGCCUUCCUCUCUGCCUGUGUGGUGUUCCCGUACCAGACAGUGAUGCCUGCAAAAAGCAUUCUGCCUUGGGCAACCUGCAACAAUCCCUGGAACACAGACAGAUGUGUGGACCUCACCUCUGUAAACCUGACAGCAACACGCAGUGGCAACCACACAGUCAACGUUACAUCUGGAAAUCUCACAUCUUCAGUCUCAGAGUUUUGGGAGAGAGGAGUGUUGUCCAUGUCUGGGGUAAUAGAAGAGGUCGGCACAGUGCAGUGGGAGCUGGUGCUGUGUCUGCUGGCCUGCUGGGUGACCUGCUACUACUGCAUCUGGAGAGGUGUCCGCUCUACGGGAAAGGUCGCUCACGUCAGUGCUGUCUGGCCCUACAUAAUGCUGGCCGUCCUGCUGGUCAGGGGGCUGACGCUGCCGGGUGCCUGGCUGGGUGUGAUCUUCUACCUCUACCCAGAACCUUCUCGUCUGGCAGACCUUCAGGUGUGGAUGGAAGCUUGUGCUCAGGUCCUUUUCUCAUAUGGUGUUGCAGCAGGAGCCAUAAUUACUCUGGGCAGCUACAACAAAGUCAACAACAACUGUUAUAAGGACACUCUGUGGUUGUGUGCACUCAACAGUGGCACCAGCUUGGUUGUCUUCUCAUCUCUGGGCUUCAUGGCUCAGGCUCAGGGAACGACGAUCGACAUGGUCGUGGAUUCAGGUCCUGGGCUGGCGUUCAUUGCAUUUCCUCAGGCUGUAGCCAUGAUGCCUCUGCUUCAGUUGUGGGGGGCGUGCUUCUUCAUCAUGCUCAUCAUGCUGAGGCUGGACACGGUGUUUACAGGUUUAGAAACAGUGAUCUCAUCGGUGACUGACAUAUUCCCAGAAAUGUUACGGAGACUGUGGCGCAGAGAAAUAUUACUCCUCCUCUUCUGCUUGAUCUGCUUCAUCACACAGAUCCCUCUGACUACCCAGGGAGGAGUUUACCUGUUCCAGCUCAUUGAUUACUAUGGUUGCAGUGGAGCCUGUUUGUUAUUUGUGUCCCUGAUCCAGUGUGUGACUGUUGGGUGGUCUUUUGGGGCUGAGAGGCUGUGUGAUGCAGUUGAAGAUAUGAGCGGUCAGAGGCCGUGUGUGCUUUUUAAACUGUGCUGGCAGUACAUCACCCCUCUCAUAUGCAUGGUUUGCUUCGUCGGCUCUUUUCUGGACCAUAAACCCCUGAAGUCUGGGGACUAUGUGUAUCCACACUGGGCCUACUAUCUUGGCUGGGCCAUUGCUUUGUCCUCUGUAGUUUUAGUGCCCAUGUGGGCCGUUGGCAAAGUCUGCCUCAGCGAGGGCACCCUCAAACACCAUCUCAUGCUCCUGUGGGUUCCUGUUGCAGAACCUGACGUUACCAAGACAACAAAACUUCAUGCCAAGCUCCCGUCAAUAACAUCGUCUAGGGAGGCCAUUGUAACUCCUAUCUUUAAAUCUGGUGAUCGCAAUAUAGUCACUAACUACAGACCCAUUAGCAUCUUACCAGUAAUUUCCAAAAUUGUAGAGAAAAUCGUCAUAAACCAACUUACAGACCACAUAAUCAUGAGGCAGCUGAAGAGACUCCAUGCAGGCAAGUCUGCAGGACCUGAUGGUGUGAGCCCCAGGGUUCUGAAAGCUUGUUCCCUCCAGCUAUGUGGAGUGCUACAACACAUCUUCAGCCUGAGUCUGAGUCUUCACAGGGUCCCCGUGCUGUGGAAGACGUCAUGCAUCGUUCCUGUGCCCAAGAUACCACGCCCCAGCGGAUCCAAGGACUACAGACCGGUGGCACUGACGUCACACAUAAUGAAGACCCUGGAGAGACUCAUCCUGGAUCAGCUCCGGCCCAUGGUGAGACCACUGCUAGACCCCCUCCAGUUCGCCUACCAGCCCCGACUAGGAGUUGAGGAUGCCAUCAUCUACCUGCUAGACCGUGUCUACGCUCACCUGGACAAGCCGGCGAGCACUGUAAGAGUCAUGUUUUUUGACUUCUCCAGUGCAUUCAACACCAUCAGGCCAGCUCUACUGAGUGAGAAACUGACAGCUAUGCGGGUGGAGCCCCCCCUUGUGUCCUGGAUUGUGGAUUACCUGACUGGCAGACCACACUGCUGCACAGAGACCUGCCAUCUUCAGAAGUUUUCUGACGACUCUGCAGUAGUUGGACUUAUCAGUAAGGGUGAGGAGACUGAGUACAGGGGUGUGGUGGACAACUUUGUCACGUGGUGUUAA